AUGGCCCGUGCCACGUGUCCGUCCUCAGUAGACCCGUUUCGUCACGAUGUUCCCGCGAGAAUCCCGCAAUCGCAGGACUGGAGCGUGCCAGCUGGCAGAUCUUUUCUCCCGCGCCUCGACCGGAUCCACAUAACCGCGCGUUCCCCAGGUGUUGCCUUCCCCAAUGACGACGCCCCCCGCCCCACGCAGCAGCAAGAGUUAGGGCUAUCCGCGUCCGCGCCGCACGGCUCUCUUCCGUUGAGACUGCAGUGCUCGUGGAUGUGGGAGCAGCCGCUUCAGUCAAGUCAACCGAGUCAACGGAGUCAACCGCGUCAACUGGUCGCCUUGAAUCAGUCCACAGACGAGCCGCCACUCGCGGUCCCCACGCCAAAUCAGGAAGUGCAUCUUGCCGCAUCGUCACUCCCCUCGCGCCGCUCACCAACGGCCUUGGCGCUCUCGUCGCAGCGCGCAUUCGCCCAAGAAGACUGGGGGCAGGCCGUGCAUUCGCCCAAGAAGCCACGUGGCAGUCCCGAGGCGAUUGGGCGGCAGGCGUUGGCUCUAGCGGUCAGCGAACGGGAGGAGGAGAUUUUCCAGAGGCGGCGCGAGCAGCGGCUGCGGAUUCUGGGCGGCUUGAGACACGCGCUCGAUGAACCGGCGGCGGCUUGCGCGGCUGCCGCUGCCGGCCUCGACGGGAAAAGCCCGCUCCGCCGCCGGAUUCGCACUAGGAAGGGGGGGGGAGGCAGGCGCAAACGCGGGGGUGGCGGGGUAGGAAGGCGGAGCGAUGAGGAGCGCAAUGGGGCUGGCACAUUGGCGGAGCCGCGAACACGGGGGGCGACAUUGGCGGUGGAACUCCGCUCGACGAUGCGCGUGGAGGUGACUAGUCCGCACGCCGCCGCGCUCGCGUCGCUCGAUGCGCGCAAGUCCCUCCCGCUUCUCGCGGCGCCACUUGCGCCGCUUCCGGCGGGCUGGAAGCAGCAGCGGCGCGUGCGAGCGCGCUCCGCCUUUGAAAGCCGUGACCUGAUGGGCGGUGGGGCGGAAGGCUUUCCCGGCUCCCCGGGGCAGGCGGAGAUGCUCGCGGAAGGCGCGUUGCGCUCGCCCACGCUGGCGCGGGAAGCUACGGAAUGCGGAAAGCGCGCGCAGAAACGGCGGAGUAGCAGCGAAUGGGAGCUGUACGCGAGCGGGGAAGAGGCGCGCGGGGAAAGGGGGCGCGGAGAAACGGGCGGGCCGGCGGACACUGGGCGCGGCGGAAGGAGUAGCAGGGGCGGAGAUUCGAGUGUAGAGACUCGGCGGGAUGGUACUGGGCAGGGGGAGGGGGGAGGGGAAGCGGAACGAGGAGGGCAGCACGAGGUGGAGUCGAGGGGAGGAGCGCGGAAGGAGAGGGAGAAGGAAGGAGUGAGGGAGGAGGAAUGGGAGUGGGAACGAGCAGAGGUGAGGCAGGAAGAGGGACAGGGGGCACUUGACAUGUUGCUGGGUGGUGCUGGAGGGAGGGGGGGUGCUGCUGCUGCUGCUCCCGCUGCCGCCGCGCAUCGCAGAGCAGCCAGCUCUGUGCCCAUCCUGGGCGGCACGCCGGGCCAGAUGGGCAGUGAGAGUGGAGGGUUUAUGUCUUCUGGUGUUGCUGGGGGUGCUGCUGAAUUCCCUCUGUGGGUGCGGAACAAUGAAGUAGAAUCGUAUCUGCACUCUGCCGCCCAACCGGUGCUGCUGACUGAGAGUAUGGGUGAGUCAUAA